AUGUCUCCCGUACCUGAACCAGCAGCUAAGCUCAACUGGGCCGACGUCGACGAAGAUAACGAAGUUGACGCCGAUGCCUUGCCCGCUCCGGAGACCCGAGAAGAGGCCGAUGGAACACGAGUCACAAUCGAAUACAAAAUCAACGAGGAUGGGAAGAAGGUUAAGAUCACCCGAAAGACGAAAUUGCGCCUGAUCAAGUCUCAAGUGAACCACGCUGUUGCUGAGCGAAAGAAAAACUGGAAGAAGUUUGGCGAAGUUGCGGGAGUGCCAGCAGGUCCUGACGCGAACAGCACAAGUCACGCUGAGAAGGUGUUCCUGAAGCUGUCUUCGACCAUCAAGGAUCACGAUGCCGCACCCGUGGAAGACGAGGCCGACGCGCUGAAGAAGAUUUUGGCAAACGCCGGAAAGUCUAAGAUCACUUGUCGUAUUUGCCAGGGUGAUCACUGGACCAGCAAGUGUCCAUUCAAGGACACACAUCAGCCUUUGGGAGACCUUGCGCCUGUGGAAUCGACCGAUUCUGUGGCGGACGUGGCCGGGGAUGACAAGGCCGGGGGCAAGUAUGUCCCACCAAGCUUGCGGAAUCGUGGCCCUGGAGAAUCGAUGCGGGGUGCAGAAAGGCGAGACGAAUUCCCGACCGUCCGCAUUACGAACUUGUCGGAAGAUGCGCAGGACCAAGACGUGAAGGACCUUGUCAACCGAUUUGGACACACCUCCAGAGUGUUCGUGUCGAGGGACCGUGAGACGAAUCUUUGCAAGGGUCUCGCUUUCAUUAGCUUCUACCACAAGGAGGACGCAGAGAAGGCUAUCGAGAAGUUGAACGGGUUCGGAUAUGACAACUUGAUUCUUCAAGUUGACUGGGCUAGAAGCAGCAGGGAUUAG